AUGGACGUCGACAAUGCUGUCCAUAUCCCAGAUACACAUGGACCAGACCACAAAGUAGUACCAGUCGCUGAUCUCUGGGAUGCAAUCUCAAGCAGUCCUUUCUACCAAGUCAAUGAGACAUGCGAUUUGUACGAGGAGUUGCAGUCUGCCCUUGCUUCGGGGGAACAAUUAUUUUCCAUGCCGCUCGCCCCGGCGAGUGAAGAGAUCGGCUUUGAUGAUGAGACGGAAUCAGACUUCGGGAUUGAACUUUUAGAUGAUUGUACAUUGACCGCCUCGCAUGAUACAAAUCUGAACUGUCCAGGUUUGCCUGACAAUCCAAAUUAUCCUUGGCCAUCAAAAGCUCACUAUAUUACCACAUUACUAUUUAGUUCUCCAAGGCUGCCAUUCUCCGAGGUGCAGAAAAAGGCGGUUCUAUCUUGGGCAAAGGAACUUGGCGCCCAUGAUAUAACUGCACGUUCAGGCAAUAUAUUUUAUCUCAAUGAUGUUGGAAAAGCAAUUGCCAAGGACUAUGCAAACCCUCUCACGCGUUUUGCGAUGCAGGAUUACCCUGAAGAUGGCGGCAAGGGAAUGUUGCAGGUGUUCAAUGGAGAAAAAAUGCUGUUUGAACUCCCUUCGCCUCCUGCAGCUAAAGUUGAUGGAAAGAUCUACUUCGUGAAUGAGCUCUUUGUUAAGACCAUGCACAAAGGGUAGGACUGAUUCCGAGGGGCUUGGCUUCAGCUCGUGCGCUGCGCCCCUUACCCGAGUAUGUGCCCUUAAUUUCAGAAUGAUGUC